UGUUAAUGUUGCUGUUUGGGUGUGAAACGACGUCGUAGCUGGGUGUCCUAUCCUAUCUGGUUAAGAAAUGAGAAAACUUGAACAUAUGAAGUGAUGGUAAACUACAUCUUGUGAGAGAGAUUGAGAUCAACCAUGUCAUGGCUAGCAAGAACAAUCGCCAACUCUCUCAAACUCGAUGAAGAAGACGAACAAGAUGCAAAACAAGAACAAGAAUCAGAAAACCCUAACACCACCAAAUCCGAAUCAGAACCCUCUCAAUCACAAUCUGAAUCUGCAUCUCCGUCAACUCACAGUCCCACCGCACGCGGCGUCAAAGAAGAUAUCUCCGAGAUUACCAAAUCCCUCUCCCGCCAAUUUUGGGGCGUAGCUUCUUUCCUCGCACCUCCUCCGGAUCCCGAUCACGACUCCGAUCCGCAAACGCGUGACUCCGAUCCUAAUCUCCCUGAUGAAGACGUUAUCGCUGGAAUCCGAAGCGAUUUUGCUGAAAUUAGUGGGAAAUUCAAGAGUGGAAUCUCGAAGAUUUCAGGUAAUAAGACUGUUUCUGAAUUCACGAAGAUCGCUUCGAGUUUUCUCCAAAUCGGAUCCGAUGAGGAAUACAAUCUCGACGGUGUGGUUGGAGUUACGGAGGAGGUUGUGGCUUUUGCCAGAAAUUUAACGAUGCAUCCAGAAACUUGGUUGGAUUUUCCACUUCCCGAUGAUCCUGAUUCUGAUGAUUUUGAUUUGUCUGAUGCACAACAAGAGCAUGCUCUUGCUGUUGAACAUCUUGCUCCGAGGUUAGCUGCUCUUAGAAUGGAGUUGUGCCCUGGAUAUAUGAGUGAUGGAUGCUUUUGGAAGAUUUACUUUGUACUACUGCACCCUAAACUCAGCAAAAAUGAUGUUGUUUUUCUAUCAACUCCACAAAUAAUGGAAGCCAGAGCAAUGUUAACUCAGGCAUUAGACAUAAGAAGAAAGGAAAAGAAAGAACCAGACUUAAUCAGCAUUCCCUCAAAAGAGGAGGAACAAGAACAGCAUCUUUUCGUGCCAAGCAAUGCUCAACUUGAAUCAGUGCCUCUUCAGACAUCUGCGGUUGAAGAAUCUCCAUCUAUGGCUGUGGCUAAUGUAGAGACGGAGGGGCAUACUGUUAAAAGUGAUUCAACUCAACCUAUUGACAAGCCUGUGGUUAAAGAAGCCCCGUCUAUGGUUGUUGAUAAUGUAGAGACCGAGGAGCAUACCGUUAAAAGUGAUGUAACUCAACCUAUUGACGGGUCUGUGGUUAAAGAAGCUCCAUCUAUGGUUGUGGAUAAUGUAGAAACCAAUGAGCAUGUUGUUAAAGGUGCUGUUAUUCAACCAAUCGACAAUUCGGUUGUUAAAGAAGCCCCAAUUAUUCCAUCUUCAUUUCAAUAUUUCUACUGA